UCGGUCACGUAAUAGUAUACACCGUACCAAGAUUAAUCGUACAGAUUUGGGAAAGGGCACAUCUGUUUAUCUAUUCUCUAGUCGAUGUCUUCUCCUCUGCAUCGCCGGGCCUCCAGCUCUGCGCCUUUGGGGUCUGAUUUUGGACCUGCCCAUCACGAACCCUAUCCCGCUCUCCCCCACCCGGCAUAUACCGGUCUAUUUCGACAAAACCCCGAGGCCGCUCGUCUGCACGCUCUGGAGACCGCAGUCGUCGACGAGGAGAGCGACUUCGAUGGCUAGUAACUGGGACGUAGCGGUCGAUGUCCAGCAAGCUUGGGGAACGCCGUCGGGAGCGAGAGCGAUCUCUGUCCC